GAUCCAUGCAAUAGAAAUCAACAAGAUACUCUGUUCUGUCGUCUUUUAAGUCGCUGGUGGAGUUCCAAACUUGCAUUUCAAGAAAAUUAACCAACUCUCAUUCUGUACAUAUACACAAUGAGGCUCUUGCUGUUGCUUUUAGUGUGUUACAUUGGCCUAUGCAAUGGGUCAAGUUUGCUGCAAUUCAUGGACAACCAAUACCCCGGCGGUGGCAGUCUCUUGUUCCCCGAUCCGUUCCGAGUGUUGGAGCAAAUCCCGCUUGCCCUCGAGAAGGACGAGAGCGUUGCAUUGUCGCCGGCGAGGGUUGAUUGGAAGGAGAGGCCGGAGGGGCAUACGAUAACGGUGGAUGUGCCGGGGUUGAAGAAGGAAGAGCUGAAGAUCGAGGUGGAAGAGAACCGAGUGCUGAGGGUGAGUGGAGAGAGGAAGAGGGAGGAAGAAAAGAAGGGCGACCAUUGGCAUCGGGUUGAACGCUCUUACGGCAAGUUUUGGAGACAGUUUAAGCUGCCUGAGAGUGUGGAUUUGGACGGUGUGAAGGCUAAGCUUGAAGAUGGGGUGCUUACUUUGUCUUUGCCCAAGUUGUCUCCCGACAAGAUUAAGGGUCCCAGGGUUGUCGACAUUGCCGGGGGAGGAGCACCCCAACUCAAGGCUGAUGAUGCCAAGCAGGAGCUUUAGACUUUUCUGAGCAUUUCCCAGGCUGCUUAAGUUGAUGAAUGUAAGAGGAAAAAGAUCUUUAUAAAUAAAAUAAUUGUAAUGGAAUGGAAUGCAAUGUGAGAGACUAAAAUUUGAGUUUCGUAAUGUAAUUAUGAGCGGUGGUGUCUUUUAUAGUUA